CAAGGUUAUCUUCUACUGUAACGUGACAAUGUCUUUGGCAUCAAAGUUGACUUUGGCAGUGGCAUGCUGUGCAACGCUUGGCACCAUCAGUUAUGUCCAUAUCAAACAAAACAUUGACAGAGAUAAGUUACACGAGGGGGUCAUCAGAGAUGUUGAGCGUCAGCAGCGGCGUAAGGCAGAAAACAUCUAUGUCCUUCAGCAGCAGGCUGACCUCACCAAACAGUUGCGGAAAGAACAGCGUGAUGCAGUAGAAAAGGGUUAAGAUUAACAGAAGAAUAUACGAGUUAACUUUAGGAUUUAUUUGUUGUAGUGGUUCUAUAAAAUUACUUUAAUCUUA